AUGGGUCGGCGCAACCGAAUCGUAGCGUCCUUGCUAACUUUAGCAUGCGCGACUUCUACCGCCCUCGCAAACAAGAAAGUCUUCAAUAUCCACGAUGAUCUGCUCGCGUUUCCUCAAUUCCAAGUCCUCUUCCCGGACGAAUAUGUUCUUGACUCUCAUGCGAAAGAGGUGCUGAAGACUCAAAGUAGCCCUCCAAUUCGCGAUGACCAACAGGGAAACUCUCUACAGAAAUCACAGAUCCCUUUAAAGCCUCGCUCAGAUGAGUCGCAAGAGAACAGCCCGCAACAUGGAGACCCGCAGCUUACAUACGAGGAGCUAAUCCUCCAAGGCCAACGAUUCCUCUGCCAAAUCCCGCAAGUCGAAAGUGACGAAGGGAGUCCGACGAAUAGUACCAAGGAAACCAGCGAGACGGAUGAGAAGCAGGAGCUGGCCCGGGCGACGGACCGCGGGUUGGAACUUCUGAGCGAGAUGGAAGGGAAAUGCAUGUACUAUGUUUCGGGCUGGUGGUCGUAUUCGUUCUGCUACAAGAAGCAGAUCAAACAGUUCCAUGCGCUGCCUUCUGGAAGUGGGAUCCCUAACUACCCUCCCAUGGAGGAUCCGGCAACGCAUUCGUUUAUCUUGGGCCGGUUUCCCCGAGCUAACGAGGAAGAGGAGGAUGGUGAAGCCGAGCGCAAGAAGACGGCAGAGAAGACAGCAACAGCAACUACAACGGAUGUGGCUGAGCUUCAGACGAAGGGAGGAUCGCGGUAUCUAGUGCAGCACUUGGAGGGCGGGACUAAGUGCGAUUUAACGGGGAAGAACCGGAAGAUUGAGGUUCAGUUCCAUUGUCAUCCCCAAUCAACGGAUCGCAUUGGUUGGAUUAAGGAGCUGACAACUUGCUCCUAUUUGAUGGUCAUUUAUACCCCACGCUUGUGCAAUGAUGUCGCGUUUCUUCCCCCACAGCAGGAGGAGGUUCAUUCGAUUGAGUGUCGUGAGGUGCUCUCGCCUGAUCAGGUUCCCGAUUGGGAGGCGAUGCGGCAGUACCACCUGGCCCAGAAACUCGUCGAGUCGUCUACUACUCCAUCGGAAUUUCCUAUCGUCGGUGACAUCGAGGUCGGCGCCAAAAAGUUGGUGGGCACUGAAGGCAAGGAGAUCGAGAAAGGACGCGUAGCUUCCGCCGGAGAAGAGAAGGUGGAAGUGGUAGCUAAACGUGAGAAUGGCGAGGUGUUACAGUUGUCCAAAGUCGACCUAGAAAAACUUGGGCUUGACCCGGAGAAGAUCGAAACAUUGAAGACCCGUCUCGAGGAGCUCGCUCAGGGUAAGGACUGGACAUUGGAACACGUCACAGCCAAUGGCGAGCGUGGACUGAGAGGCAUCGUGGACACCGAUGAAGAUGAAGAGGAGGAAGAAAAGCAGGCCAAGGCCGGGACAGAGUCGGAGGAACAUGGUGCACCGAAAGAGCCGCAGGAGAAGACUCCCACCAAGGAAGCUCCGGAGAAGAAGGUGCCAGAGGCUAAGCUGAAGGAUGAGCCAAAGGAGGAGCCGUCCGCGGAAAAUGCAGAAGAAGGCAGUGAGGAAAUCUUCAAAGAUGAACUGUAA